AUGACGACCGAUGAUCUGGAUAUGACCAAUGUCCUCAAUGAGGAAGACAAAUCCGGCGCUGUCUUCAACGCUCCAACAUUAUCGCCCACUCCUUACGUUCCCAAUAUGGAAACAUACCAUAAGAUGUAUAAUGAAUCCAUCAAAGAUCCCGAUGCAUUUUGGGGCAGACUAGCCAAUGAACUACUUGACUGGCAGAGACCAUUUGAUACUGUCCGCUCUGGAUCCUUCCAAGACGGUGAUAUCGCGUGGUUCCAGGGUGGUCUCCUGAACGUCAGUUACAACUGUGUUGACCGACACGCAAUCAAGGAACCAAAUCGAGUCGCCAUCAUUUGGGAAGCUGAUGAACCAGGAAAUGUCGAGACGAUGACUUACAAGCAGCUGCUUGCAGAAGUUUGCAAGUUUGCCAACGUACUGAAAAAGUUUGGUGUCAAAAAAGGAGAUUCCGUUGCUAUAUACUUGCCUAUGGUUCCAGAAGCAGCUGUUGCUAUGCUUGCUUGUACUCGUAUUGGUGCUGUACACUCGGUGGUGUUUGGUGGUUUCUCGGCAGAUGCACUUCGUGAUCGUAUGCAGGAUGCUCAAUCUGGUAUCCUUGUCACAGCGGAUGAAGGUAGACGUGGAGGCAAGACAGUCCAUCUGAAAAAAAUCGCAGACGAAGCGCUCAAAGAAUGCCCUUCGGUUCGAAACGUCAUUGUAUAUCAACGAACUGGAAACCCCGAUGUACCAAUGAUGCCCGACAGAGAUGUAUACUGGCACGUUGAGACUGAUGAACAACGUCCAGUGUGUCCACCCGAACGUAUGGACCCUGAAGAUCCACUUUUCAUGCUUUAUACAUCAGGAAGUACAGGAAAGCCAAAGGGUGUCGUUCAUACAACAGGUGGUUACUUGUUGGGAGUUACUGCUACAGUCAAAUAUAUCUUUGAUCUGCAUGAAGGAGAUCGUCACGCUUGUAUGGCUGAUGUUGGGUGGAUUACUGGUCAUUCUUACAUUGUCUACGGUCCAUUGGCUUGUGGAGUCACCACGUUCAUCUUUGAAUCAAUUCCAACUUACCCUAAUGCUUCCCGAUACUGGCAAUGUAUUCAAGACCACAAGUUGACACAAUUCUACACUGCUCCAACCGCCAUCCGUGCUCUUCGCCGUUUCGGCGACGACAUGGUAACGCCAUACGACCUCUCCUCACUACGAGUCAUUGGAUCCGUCGGUGAACCAAUCAACCCUGAUGCCUGGCUCUGGUACUACAACAUGGUCGGUCGAGGCAAAGCAGCCGUGGUCGACACAUACUGGCAAACUGAAACUGGAUCCAUCAUACUUACACCGCUACCUGGAUCUCACUCUGUCAAACCUGGGUCCGCUACUCUGCCAUUCUUUGGUAUUGAGCCAGUCAUUCUGGAGCCUACUACCGGGGUUGAGUUAGAGGGUGAAGCUACUGGUGUGUUGGCUAUCAAGAGUAUCUUCCCAAGUAUUGCGAGGACUGUGUAUGGAAACCAUUCUCGUUACUUGGAUGUGUACAUGAAGCCUUACAGAGGUUACUACUUCACUGGUGAUGGUGUUUCUCGAGAUCAUGAUGGAUACUACUGGAUUCGUGGCCGUGUUGAUGAUGUCAUCAACGUAUCUGGUCAUCGUAUGAGUACAGCUGAGAUUGAAAGUGCACUUGUGGCUCACCCUGGUUGUGCUGAAGCAGCUGUCGUUGGAAUCCCAGAUGAUGUGACUGGACAAGCACUGGUUUGCUUCUGUACACCAAAAUCACAUCACGCUGGAGGAUCCACUGACCUCGCAAAGAGUCUCGCAGCUCAAGUACGAACGACCAUUGGUCCAUUCGCGUCACCACGACGUGUGAUUGUUACACCUGAUCUUCCCAAGACGCGAAGUGGAAAGAUUAUGAGGAGGGUGUUGCGAAAGAUCGCGGCAUUGGAAGUUACCAAAGCCGAUUUGGGUGAUCCAGAAAGAAUAAGAGCAGUCUUAGGUGACACUUCGACGCUUGCCGAUCCUUCGGUAGUAGAGUUACUGAUUGAAAAGAUGAGUCAAUAA